AUGUCAACACUUAAAGAACUCAUCCAGACAAAUCCUGAACAAAAACAACUUUCAAACCUUUUGAGAUUUGAUCGUAGGCAAUUCAAUGAGUCAAUUGUUUUGUUAAGAAAAUAUUACGAUGCUGUAAUUGACGCAAAAGAAGUAGGCAAUAAUCCAAUUCAACAAGCGUUAGCUCUAGCACAAGAAGAUAUGAAAACUGAAGACCCCCAGAAAGUUCAAUAUGCUUUGAUGAUUUUUACUUCUCAUCAUCCUGAUGCACGUAAAAGUGGACUUCGUAUUCCACCAUUAACCCAUCGUGCUCCUGAAAUCAGUAUACCAAAAGCGAUUGCUCCCUCUUCUCCAAGUGUUGGUUCUUCAAUUAGUCAUUUAAUGAAGUAUUAUCAUGACGAUCCUAAUCUUAAUGAACAUCACGAACAUUGGCAUAAUACAAAUGAUCGCUAG